GAGACUUUCCGGAAGACUCAUUUCCUUGUCGACAUGCGAGGCGACGGACGGCAGCUGUAAUGAAACCCAACAGAAAGCGACUUCCGCCUGGAGAUCAGUGAUCCGCCCGGUCGGAACCGAACCAAGCGCUCAACCUCUCACCCGCGGCCCGCUGGACUCCCAUACCCCUCGUCUUCUGGUAGCCCCGCUCGCCCCCCCGCCCGCCCCCGAGGGCCCCAUCCCGCGGUGUGAUGGCCGCCGACCUGCUGGGUGACCUGGACACCCGCUUCCUGGCCGACAACCUGCUGACCAGCGAGGACUGGGAUGCCUGUCUCUACCGCUGGGAGACGAUGGAGGAGGGAGAGGACGGCGAUGGUGGAGGAGUAGAACCAGGAAGCAUGACAUACCAUCCAUCGGUGGACCGUGACCUCGUGCUGACCCUGGACCCGGACAACCGCUCCUCCCCAUGGCGACACCUCGACGACGGCCUUCUGACAGGAGAGUCCUCCCUACUGAAAGAAGAGAUGUCCAUCACUCAGCCCCUUCCUGUAGAGAUGUUGAUGAGGGUGAAGGCCGAGCCCCCCUCGCCUUCGUCCUCCAUGGAGUCGGACUGCUCCUCCUCCUCACUCGACCCUCAGGUGGUGGUGAAGGGGGAGAACCCCCCCACCCCCCCCUACAUGUACGGAGACGUCCUGGCCCCCCCUCUGGGCGCCAUGGAGGUGACAGUGGCCUCCAGCGGCCUGCUGGGGGCCCAGCCCGGGGCCCCCGCUCGCCUGGACCCCCCGCCCGCAGUGGUGGUGCGGACCAGUAGUAUCCUGAGCUCUAAGCCCCUCCUCCAGCCCAGACCACUGGGCGUGGCCAACUCAAGCCCCGCCCCCAAGAGCCCCUCCCCUCCGACCGGCACCCUCAUCCUGCAGGGCCUCGACCACACCCGCCCAGUGGUGCUGUCUCCGUCCGUGUGUCUCACGUCUCCGCCCGCCGUCAUCAAGAGGGAGCCCGUCUCCCCCAGCCUCACCCCCCACCUCCCCCCCUGCAGCAUCGUCCCGGCAACCGCCUCCUGCCCCGGCAACACGGGCCACGAUGUGGACGUGAGUGGCCGGCUCCUGGACCAAUCAGGCUUCAGGGUGAAGGUGUUGAAGCGGCAGCAGAGGAUGAUAAAGAACCGGGAGUCGGCGUGUCAGUCCCGGAGGAAGAAGAAGGAGUACCUCCAGCAGCUAGAGGGGCAACUCCGUCAGGCUCAGCAGGAGAACCAGCGGCUCCGUCAGGAGAACCACGCCCUCCGAGAGAGGCUGGCCGGACAGGGCGGCGACUCGGGCAACAACAAGCGGGCGGUGUGCGUCAUGGCCGUGCUGCUCUUCAUGACCUUCAGCUUCGGACCUGUCAGCAUCACAGACAGGAAGCUCCCCACCGUGCUGCAGGAAGGGGCGGGCCCCUACACAGGAAGGAGGCUGCUGGAGAUGGAGCCCUACGAGCAGCAGGCCCCGCCCCUCGGGGGGGAGGAGGAGCGGGGGGAGGUGGAGGAGGUGGACCGGGACCACCCCGACGCCUACCAGUUCAGGAACCUGAGUGACGUCUUCAGUGACAUUAAGGAUCUGGUUCUUCAGGACAUCGACCGAUACUUCACCUCCUCAGACUGCAGACAGUUCAACCGCUCAGAAUCCCUCAGGCUGGCUGACGAGCUGCGGGGCUGGGUGACGCGCCACCAGAAGUCUGGAGGGAAACCCAAAGUCAUCAAGAAGACCAAGCUGGCCCAGAAGGCCCAGCUGAGGAAGACCAACCUCUCCAGAUACCUGCCGGUCCAGACCCACCGGCUCCUCGACAGUCAGCUUCAGGUGCGCUCCGGUCCUGAGAUCACCUACAGCGACUUCCUGGACUCCAUCGACCGCCGGGAGGACACCUUCUACGUGGUCUCCUUCAGCAGGGACCAUCUGCUACUUCCUGCCAUCAGCCACAACAAAACCAGCCGGCCCAAGAUGUCUCUGGUGAUGCCCGCCAUGUCCGUCAACGAGAGCCUGUACAACUCGUCCCGGGGCUUUGAGAUGAUGAUGCAGGUGGACUGCGAGGUGAUGGACACGCGGAUCAUCCCCAUCAAGUCGUCGGCCGUGCCCCCCUCCAUGCGGCCCCCCGCCCCGCCGCACCCCCACCACCAUCACCACGGCAACCACUCCUCCGCCUCGCUGCGCGGCCGCCACCACGCUCACCUGCACCAUCCCUCGUCGCCGCGGCAACCGCUGCCCCCCCGCGCCCGCACCGCCGAAUACUUCCUCAGCCAAUCAGAGGGCGUCUGAGGCUCAGCUGAGCUCCUAUUGGUCAGAGCGAUGCAACCAAUGGGACCCGGGGAAAGUGUGUACAAGUAAUAUAUUCCAGAUGAUUCGGUAACCUCCUGCUACAGGCUACUGUCAAACCCCAAUCCUGGUCAACCAUACUCCUACAGCCAGGAGUCUGGCCAAUCAGGACGCUCGCUGGCUGCUAUGACCAUUCCGGAGAUGGUUCCACUCGGCUCCUGAGUAGACCCAAGCGGCAGCCUGUCGCUCAUUGGUCCGUACAAAAGGGGAUUAUGGGUAAAUUGACUACCUAGUGACCUACCAACACGCACCACACUACUGACCCCUCCCACAAGCGAAGGGCAGGCUUCCUAUUGGUGGAGAUCACAGAUGACGGCUCAACCGACAUCAGAAUGAUUUAGUCCGACCAACACGAUGAAUUAAUCGGAAUGAUUUAGUCCGACCAACACGAUGAAUUAAUCGGAAUGAUUUAGUCCGACCAACACGAUGAAUUAAUCGGAAUGAUUUAGUCCGACCAACACGAUGAAUUAAUCGGAUUGAUUUAGUCCGACCAACACGAUGAAUUAAUCAGAAUGAUUUAAUCCGACCAACACGAUGAAUUAAUCAGAAUGAUUAAGUCUGACCAACACGUUGUUUGAGAGGAAUUGUUUGGUGUCUAGCAUCACUGCUGCAACUGAAAUUAGUUCAAAUCCUAUAAUAAAUAAUAUAUAGUAUAAUAUAUACUUCUAAUACAAAUCCAUUUUGACAUCUUUCUAUCUCUAAAGUGUAGACAUAAUUUACUUGAGGGUGAUUCAAGAGUGAAACAUUUAUCGAUAACCCCAAAAAAAUGCAACGAAACUGAGGGAAAAAUGACUUAUUUAAUGUUGCUAACUUUGUGCUAGCUUAGCAUGCUAUCCAUCUCUUCUGUUGUAUGUCAUUGCCAUGGAGAUGGGGAAGACUAUUGUGGGGAAUACUUUAAUCUGUACAUUAAUAGAGUGUAAAUAUGCGUUUUGUUUUCUGGUCGCCGACCCUCAUUUGAAAUAGUUUUUUCCAUCUUUAGUCCAGACAUUCUAAGCUAGGAGCCAACUUAAAGCACGUUUGGUGCUCAGUCAGAUUUCUACCAGCUGUGACGGACGGAAGACAAAGAUAUAAACUGCUCUUUGUAGAUGUACAUUUUUCCUUUUAUUUAUCCAUGAAGGGACAACUUUUAGAAAGCUUAAGUUCUGCAUCGUGGUUAAACGAAGCAGGUCCAGAUACUAACCCUAACCUUUACUGCGGUUAGUUUAGAGAACACAACCUUUACAGCGGUUAGAGAACACAACCUUUGCUGCGGUUAGUUUAGAAAACACAACCUUUACUGCCGUUAGUUUAGAGAACACAACCUUUACAGCCUAUAGUUUAGAGAACACAACCUUUACAGUGGUUAGAGAACACAACCUUUACAGCCGUUAGUUUAGAGAACACAACCUUUACAGCGGUUAGUUUAGAGAACACAACCUUUACAGCCGUUAGUUUAGAGAACACAACCUUUACAGCCGUUAGUUUAGAGAACACAACCUUUACAGUGGUUAGAGAACACAACCUUGCUCUGUGAAACAAUGACUUAUAUUGUAGUAUGUCAGUCUGUCAGUCUGUCCUUCUAUCCGUCUCCCUCCUUAAAUCACUGAACUCUGGAAAAAAAUGAAAAACGUAAAAAAAUAUUUAUACCUUCAACUAAGUGACCCCUUUUUCUAAUUUUCUAUAGAAAUGUUUUUAUUGCUUAUUUGUUCAAAUGAAACGUGGAAGUUAUCGAGCUAAAGUGCUUUGUUAGCGGCGUGCCGUAGAAUCCUGUUUUAUAAUUUUGUAACGUUUGUUGCUUUCGGUUGCUAGGCAGGUUACUAGGCUGGUUGUCAUGACUACUUUCUCAUUCCUGUGGUUCUGGACCCUCAAAGUGGACCUUCAUGUUGUGAAACAAACAGACCAUCCCCUCUUCAAUGCUUUUAUUUUGAAAUACAUUCGGACACUUCAAAAUAAAAGCACUGAAUAAUAAAACGACUAUAAGCAGCUUUCUGGCAUGGCAGCUUCACACACACACACACACACACACACACACACAGAGGAACCUUUUAAGCAUGUGGUGUCAAGGUAUCAAUGUAAAUACUCAACUUUUAUAUGUUCUGUUUUUAUUUAAAUAAAAAUAAUUGCAACGUC